UAUGGCGGCACAUCCGUUAUAAAUGUUUCCGUAAACUUUUCCUAAUUUGUUCGCUGGCGUAAAAACACAUCAAUUUCUCCUAUACUGACAGGUGUUUUGGACCGUGGCGCAGCUGAAUGUUAUCAUUUUCUCUCGGAAGGUAAAGGACCGAAGUGACGAGACUUGUGCGGCGCGGGGUGCUUGACAUUUGGUCUCAGCCAUGAAGGAGGCUCUGACACUGGUUCAGAGGAUCAGCGCACACCCGGACUCUCGGUGCUGGUUCGUCGCUUGGAGCCCGAACGGGACCCUGUUGGCUUCAUGCGGGGGUGACAAGGCCGUCCGGAUAUGGGGACUCGAAGGUGACUCUUGGGUGUGUAAGACUGUGCUCCUGGAUGGACACCAGCGCACCGUGAGGAAGGUGGCCUGGUCUCCGUGUGGGAACUUCUUGGCCUCUGCCAGCUUUGAUGCAACCACAUGCAUCUGGAAGAAGAAAAAUGACGACUUUGAAAGUUUGACGGUGUUGGAAGGACAUGAAAAUGAGGUUAAAUGUGUGGCGUGGGCUCCUUCGGGGAACCUCCUGGCCACAUGUAGCCGAGACAAGAGCGUCUGGGUUUGGGAAGUGGAUGAGGAAGAUGAGUACGAGUGUGUUACAGUUGUGAACUCCCACACACAAGACGUAAAGCAUGUCGCAUGGCACCCGAACCAAGAGCUCCUGGCUUCAGCCAGCUACGACAACAACAUCUGCAUUUACAAAGAGGAAGAUGAUGACUGGGAGUGUCGAGCCACCUUACAAGGACACACGUCUACAGUUUGGAGUUUGUGUUUUGAUGCAACUGGACAGAGGAUGGCCUCCUGCAGCGAUGACCGCACUGUGAAGAUUUGGAAGGAAUUCCCCGGUGAGAGUGGGGACUUAUCCUGGAAGUGUGUUUGCACUCUGUCUGGGUAUCAUGGACGAACUGUGUAUGAUAUUGCCUGGUGUCGACUGACCGGCGCCCUAGCGACCGCCUGCGGUGACGACGCAGUUCGAGUUUUUAAGGAGGAAGCGGCGGCCAGUCCAGAUGAGCCGGUGUUCUCACUGGCUGCUCAGGAGACCAAAGCUCACAGCCAGGAUGUUAACUGCGUCUCCUGGAACCCGAAAGAAGCCGGACUUCUGGCCUCCUGCAGCGACAGCGGUGACAUCGCCAUUUGGAGGUUCAAAGAAGACGAAUGAUUCCACAACUGUUUGUUUUUGAACGUUACACUGGGAACUUGGUGGUCGUGAAAUCAAGUUUGUUGUUUUAUAGCUGGAUUUAUUUUCUUUUUAAUG